AUGGAGGAUUCGGGUGAGCACAGCAGCACGAAUUCUCACAAAAGGGGUGUUAACAAAAGAUCAGAUAUUUUAAAUGAGGAUUACUAUGCCAGAAUUGAGAAAAGGCGCAAGUUGAAGGCCGCCAAGAAGAUGGGCGAAGGCGAAGACGGGGAGUUCCCCCAAAAUGUCAAGAGCAAACUGAAGGAGUACUACGAAAUGCGGUUCGACAAGAAGGUGAUAAACCUGCCAUUCAGCACAGACUCGAUAAACAUACAGCAGAGGGGGUUUCACGAUUACAGCAAAGACAUGAAGUUAAAAAAGAAUCACAUGAACAAGCCAUUGUGGAUAUGCUCAGACGGAUUUAUAUACCUAGAAAUGUUCAACAGUUGCAGUAAGCAGGCCUCGGAUUUUCUCAUAACGAUUGCGGAACCGAUUUGUAGGCCAGAAUUAAUUCACGAAUUUCAGCUGACCAUCUUUUCUUUAUAUGCAGCCAUAUCCGUGGGGAUUACCCUCGAUGAGUUGUUAGUCAACUUGGACAAAUUUUCGAAAAACUUUUUGCCAAACGAGUUAGUACAGAACAUUACCAAAAGUGCCGAAUCGUUUGGGAAGGCAAAAUUAGUGCUCAGGGAAAAUAAGUACUACAUUGAAGCUACCAACAAAUCUGAGCUGGAUUAUCUGCUGAAGAACAGCAUCAUCAAGAAUGCGAGGUUGUACUCAAGUGAGAGUAGCGGUGACCAGAGGGUUAAGAAUAUGUUUUCGCUGGGCAGCAACUUUCAGGAGGGUCGAUCUGGUCAAGGUGGAGCUGAUAGUGGGGCUGCUAACAGUGGUGCAUCUAACAGUGGUACAGCUGAUCGUGGCACAACUAACAAUGGCGCAGCUAACAAUCGGAGCAAUUUUUUAAGCGAAGCCGGCGGAGAUAAGAAGCCCAAGGAUACCUACGUGACGUACGAGGCGCCCGUCUUGGACACCACUCAGCUGGGCUUCAAAAUAAGCGAAAGCGAAAAGCAGCUAAUGUUGGAGGAGAAAAAAAACGCGAACGAAAAUUUAAACGACAAAUCAGCAACGUCCGCUGAGGUUUACUCAUUCGAAGUGAACUGCGACAAAAUAGAGGAGGUAAAGCAGGAGGCGUUGCAAACGAUGCAGAGGCCUCUACUAAUGGAAUACGAUUUUAGGAGAGAUAAAAAGAACCCCAAUUUAAUUUGCUCGUUAAAAAGUCAUGUGCAGAUUAGGUACUACCAAGAAAAGGCUUUGAGAAAAAUGUUCAGCAAUGGGAGGAGUAGGUCGGGCAUUAUAGUUCUUCCCUGUGGGGUGGGUAAAACCUUGACGGGAAUUACAGCUGCUAGUACUAUUAAGAAGUCGUCUCUCUUCUUAACCACGUCAGCGGUAGCAGUGGAGCAAUGGAAAAAGCAGUUUGAAGAUUUCACAAAUAUACACCCAAGGCAUAUAAGAAUUUUGACGUCGGAUUAUAAAUUCGAUUUGUGGCCUAUUAACGAAGCAGGGGUGUUAAUUUCGACGUACACCAUGUUGGCGUACUCUGGAAAAAGGAGCGAGCAAAGUUUGAAGAUUGUAAAUGAUAUAAGGCGAAGAGAGUGGGGACUACUCGUUUUUGACGAGGUGCAAUUCGCCCCAGCACCAUCAUUUAGGAGAAUAAACGAUAUAGUAAAAUCGCAUUGUAAGUUGGGUCUAACGGCAACCCUGGUGAGAGAAGAUUUGCUGAUCAGAGAUUUACAGUGGAUUAUUGGGCCCAAAUUGUACGAAGCGAAUUGGGUUGAGCUCCAAAAUAAGGGGUUCUUGGCGAAAGCCCUGUGCAAAGAAAUAUGGUGUAGCAUGCCUAGCUCGUUUUAUAAAUACUAUUUGAAGUCAAACAGCUUUAUUAAGAGAAGACUGUACACUUGUAACCCUAGGAAGCUAAUGAUGUGUGAGUAUUUAAUAAAAUACCACGAACAGAAUAAUGACAAAAUUAUCGUUUUUAGUGACAACAUCUUUGCCCUUUUGCACAUUGCGAAAACGUUGAACAAGCCAUUUAUAUAUGGCAAGCUUUCUCCCAUUGAGAGAAUAGCAAUUAUUAACAAGUUUAAAAACGACUCCACCAUUAAUACCAUUCUGUUGAGUAAAGUUGGAGAUAACGCAAUCGACAUUCCUAUUGCAAAUGUGGUUAUUCAGAUAUCUUUCAAUUUUGCGUCGAGAAGACAGGAGGCUCAAAGGUUGGGAAGAAUUAUUCGGCCAAAAAAUAAAGCCAAUGAGAAAAAAAACAUUAACGAUCCGGACUCCUUCUUUUACAGCCUGGUUAGUAAAGACACCAUAGAAAUGUGCUACUCGGAUAAGAGGCAGCGGUUUCUCAUCAACCAGGGAUAUGCCUACAACGUCCUUAGUGAUAAUAUUGUCGAUUUUAAUAAAUUAAAUUUGGUGUACAAAAAUAAAAAAAUUCAGGAAAAUUUGCUAAAGUGUAUUUUGGCAAGCACUGACGAUGGUAAUAAUGACGAAGAUGAUGACCUAUUUGAUGAUCCCAGUUAUAAAAAAGAUGCUCCAAAAAUGGGAAGCAAAACAAAUGUAGUUUCUUCGCACGGCAAAAAGGAUGACGCGCUGAAGAAGGUGGACAGUGGGGGCUUGCUAAAACUGUCCGCCAACAUAGAUGUAACCUUUAGCGACAAAAAGAAAACCUCGCAGAAGAAGUUCGCGGAUAAGCACAUUCUUUUUAGGAAGUUUCUAAAUCAGAACAGGUAG